AUGAAAAAAAAAAAAAAAACCAGCAAGGCGGAGGCGAAGAGUCCAGCCGAAGGGGAACUGCAAAUAAGCGAGGGGAAGCUGCAGAUAAGCGAAGGAUGGCGGCAAGUGAGCCAGGGGAAGCGGCAGAUAAAUGAGGGGAAGCAACAAAUAAGUGAGGGGAAACGGCAGAUAAAUGAGGGGAAGCGGCAGAUAAGUGAGGGGAAGAGGAAAAUAAUAGAGGCGAAGCAGUCACGAGGUGGGUUGGACAGCGCGGCAGGCAAGGGGCAACCAGCCGAUGGGCGGGACAACGUUGCAGGCAAGGGCCAACCAUCUGAUGGACGGGACAACGUUGCAGGCAAGGGCCAACUAGCAGGUGGAAAGAAUGACCGAAGAGACAAAAGCCCCCAGUUGAAGACAGGCGUGAAAGCGGAUUGCCUAUCGGUUGGCACGUCCAAAGGGGAAAAUAGGAACAGCAAAAAGAGGGAUGACGUGGGGGGGAACGUUUUAAGUGCCGCAAAUGUGGAGAGAAGCAGCCGAGUCGGAGCGGAGCAAAAGAUGGGGGAGCGGCCCGAGGGAGAGGCCAAGGGGGAAGCCCACGAGGAAACCAACGAGGAAUCCCACGAGGAAGCCAAAGGGUUGAUAUUCCCGUCAGACAUCAAGCUAAUAUACGGAAGCAUAACCACAACGGACAGAGAGAAAAACCCAAAUGUAAAGAAAAAAAUGACGGCACUGCUUAGCAAAAACUUAUAUGACGUAGUGGUGCUUUACUACGAAAUGCACUUUUACAACAACAUAGAUUCUUUCCAAGUGGAUGUAAACGUGUAUGAAAUUUACAACGAUUUGAUCUGCCUGAUAGACGAGCUGUAUAGCAUGUAUAUUAUCGAUUCGGAGAAGAAGCAAAGCUGCUACCCGUAUGAGGAUGUGGCGGAAAGGUACCUCAGUAAGGAGUUAUCCGGGGGGUGGGGUGAGAGGACUCAGGAAGAGCUGCUGCAGGAGUACUACAUUUUGAGGGGAGACCGGAACACCCUCUUCAUAAACUUCAAGCUGAUGAAGAUGGUGUAUCUAUCCGCCGUGUUCGACUUGGAGUUCUUCGGCGACGUGUGCCAGGAGAGCGUUUUCCUCCCCGACGGGGGUAGCGGCGUUGGCUGGGGUAGCGGCGUUGGCUGGGGUAGCGGCGUUGACGGGGGUAGCGGCAUUGACGGUCUUGGCUGUGUUGACCGUGUUGACUAUGUUGACUGUGUUGAGUGUGUUAGCCGUGUCAGGGGGUGCAGCUGCGGCGCGGACGUGUGCCGCGUCAACUGCCUUAGCGGCGUCGCCCCCGCCCGCACCGGCGACCGGCGCGCUGGACCGCCAGGCAGAGCAGUCGACAGAGCAGUCGAGGCCCCCCGGAAUGAUAACCGAGGAGACAAGAAAAAGAGUAAUAAAAGGAAAGGCAUUUCGAAAAGGGCCGACAGGAGAAGCGACAGAAGGGAAAUCCCGAGCCCUGUGUUGAAGUCGGAAGUGCUGCGGUACCGCGAGAGGAAGAGUGCGGCGGCGGCGGCGGCGGCGGAGGAGGCAGCGGUUGGGCAGGAGGAGGAAGAAGAGGAUGAAGAAGAGGAGGAAGAGGAGGAGGAAGAGGAGGAGGAAGAAGAGGAGGAGGAAGAAGAGGAGGAGGAAGAAGAGGAGGAGGAAGAAGAGGAGGAGGAAGAAGAGGAGGAAGAAGAAGAAGAAGAGGAAGUAUUCCCCGUUGAGGAUGCCACCCCUUUUGAGGAACCCCCCCCCGUUAAGGAAGUAUUCCCCUUUGAGGAAGCCCCCCCUUUUGAGGAAGCCUACAUCCGAGAAGACCAAAAGCUGUGCUACCGCAUCCUGUGUGACGAGCAGCCGUACAAGGCCCUGCUGAUAAAGGACGAGCUCAACCUGAGUUCGUCGGACGAUGGGGAGGGCUACCGCGGGAGGGCGCGCACGCCCGUGAAGGAAGUCCCCGCGUUGAGAGCGUCGAGUGCGUCGAGGGGUGCAGCGCGAAACGCGGCUGCCGCGCUGAGCGUGGAGAGCAGCGCGAGUUUGGCCAACUUGGCCGUGGCGCCUGGAUUGGCCGUCUCGCCUGGAGUGGCGGUUUCGCCUAGCUUGGCGGUCUCCCCGAGCACUGCCGCAUUGCCGAACAUUGCCACCUCCGCGGCGGAGUCGCACCAGACGAGCAGCGAAAACGACAGGGACAGCAUCGCGCAGGGGAGACACAGUCGCGUGUACACCAAGUCCAAGUGGAACCAAGGAAUCCUGUCGUACGCAUCUCAACAUGAAAAGUCAGUGAGCAUCCCCAAAGAUAUUCUAAACAUCACAUCUCUAUUGAGCACCCCCAUUUUAUCUAUGAGCAAUAUAAAGAGCUUAAAUCAGGUGAAUUUUUCAUACGGGUACAGUAAGACGAAGAAGGAUCUGUAUAACUAUUGUUACGCUUAUCUGUUGAGCAUACACAAUGGCUAUGACGUCAUCCCCAUGGAGGGCUACAAGUUCAGACCCAUCAUAAUUGAUGGUGCAAAUGUUUCUGCCAAGGUCAUUCAUAAGCACAUUUCCAAUGUGCUAGACACAGAUAUGUCUACAAUAUAUGACUGCUUCUUAUUACAUGAGGCAUAUGUUUUUUUUAAAAGAAAAAAAGUGGAUGAUAUUAUCAUUGUUUUAAACCCCGUGACGAAGAAGGGGGAGGAGUACUUCUUGGGGAACAAGAAGGUGUGCAAUUACUCCUAUUUGGAAAACUUAAUAAAGCAGAAUGCCAUUCUGAUUUGCAACGAGAAGUACUACCACAGCUACAAGGGGGACGUCGUGAAGCGGCGCACGUACGACGAUGUGUUGAUCCUGGAGUUGGCCUCGCACAGAAACGGCUGCGUCAUCUCCAACGACAACUACACGGACAUUGAGGCAGACACCGCGUGCGAGGAAAUAAAGCACGUCAUCUCGCACUACGUCGUGAAGCACCAUUACGACAAGCAAAACGGGUUCGGCUUGGACAUGACGAAGAAGCCUUUGAAGUUUGUCUUAAAUUCCCUCUUCCAGAAAAUUAAUUAA